AUGAUCCUUACCCCGUUCAACCAACAAGUGCUGUCCUCACCCUCGCGCCAAAAGAGCCGCGAAUACAAUGGCUCGUCAUGGUUAGCCGACGGGAGAUGGCUCUCGACUCCCUAUUCUAGCUCUGUUACCCUCGACAAUGAGCGGAUGCUGCUUCCUCCGCUAAAUGCUCGACAGCCCAUCUAUUGCUAUUAUGAUAGAACCACAAAGAGAACAAAAGAUGAAAAGGAUGCCGAAAAAGAGCUGCUGCUGACUUGGCGCCGUGCUUGGUGGGCAAAAGGGUUCCGUCCGGUUAUCCUCAGUGCUGCCGAGGCCACAAGCAAUCCUAGCUACGAACAAGUACAGAAAAUGACAGCAUCGUCUGAGCUGAGAGACGAUCUCAUGAGAUGGCUUGCCUGGGACACUGUGAAUGGGGGUAUCUUAGCGGAAUUCACAGUCCUCCCGGCCGUUCCUCGACAAGAUCCACUGUUACUGCUGCUACAGCAAGGAGAAUACGCCAACUUGACAAAAUGGGCGGAUUUGGAUGACGCAUUCCUCAUUGGACAAAAAAAUGAUGUUCGAUCAGCAAUCCAAUCCGUUCUACAGAGAGAGGGUAUGGACGAAGUGAAACGUGUCACGGCGGCUCUUUCAGAUGAUACCAUCGCAGUGAACAACACAAAAAUGCCGCUUGCUUACUACAGCUCCAAGGUCAUCGAAAACAAGUACGCCCAAAUCAUCAGAAAAGGGAGCAAGGCAGAAACCCUCCGCAGUCUAAACAAACUCAUCAACUAUCAUCUUUUGGUUGCCUGGCAGAAUAGAUUUCCCGAGGGCAUCGAAGUUGUCAAGCCACACCCGCAGCAUGCCACGGCCAUGUUGGCUGGCGCUUUGAAGCUUGCCAAGUCUCUGUCCUCUUGUCCUGCAUCGCCAAUGCCAUCAACAUGCCCUCCUAAUCUACCCCAUUGUUUUCCAUGUGUAGCGUCGCCAAUGACUGUUUCUACGCCUUCUCGCCUCCGUAAUUCACCUCAAAUCUAUACAAUCGGCGUUGUCCCGCAUCCAUGGUCCUUUGCAUUGGUAGAUAACCUUCGAGAGUCUAUCAACGUCACAUGGAUCCUGGAUUCACCUCGAGACACGUGGCUAAGUGCUGUCACUCUGGCAUAUCUUGGCUCCGGGGUAUCUUCGAAUCGCAGGGUGAUGCGUUUCAAAGAGCUUGUGGCUGGCGAGGCUGAUAGUAUCGAUUCCCUGUGGCUUUCAGCAGAGGAUGAAGUGCCCAGUGACAUGGACUGGUACUUUGGAUUUACAUUGCCUGAAAAGUCUAUGGAUGAUGGGAAAUCUCGGAGCCCCGUUCCCGCUGAUCGCUUGCCUAAAGAAGACGAGGAGCCAGACAGGGUCAACGGACCUGUUGCUUCGGAAGAAGAAGUUGCUCGUGAGCGAGCUCUGCUUGACAGAGCCAAGCAAGUUGUCAUAUUGAACAAGUUCGCGACUAACGGGACUAAAACGCGAACCUCGCUCGAGGCCUGGAACAUGGCUGAUACAGAGGCCUGGCGCUUUACAAGGGCCUUUAACGCACGACGCUUCUUGGAGCGCGCAGAAUGGCAAAUGGAAGCAUUGUCAAAGUCCGGAAUCAAAAGCAGUCUCAGUGCUCAUAGCCAGUAG